AUGAGCGCCAAUGACGCCCGCCCACAGGCUUCGCCCACCUUACCAGAUUUAAAUACAGCAACGUCAAUCGGCGGCCCUAGCGAAUUCGAAGCCGAAAGGCGCGAUUUCGAGCCACAGUCGCCAGUCCACAACGACUACGACGGGCAGCCGCUGGAGAAGAUCCCCACCUCGCAAGACACUCUUCAGUUCACCGGCAACAACGGGGAGCCUCAACAUGAAGCGCUCUCAGCCGUGCAGUCGGAGCGCCGCGGCUCCAAGGAGGUCAUUUCCUUCCUCAGCAACGACCCGGAGCACCCCAACAACUGGCCCGCGCGCAAGAAGAUGUUGGUCUUCAUCGGUGGCAUCAUGUCCGUCAUCAAUAGCACGUUGGGCUCGUCGUUACCGGCCAAUGCCGUCGUCUUCAUCGUUGAAGACUUUGGCGUCACCGACGACCUCCAGUUCGCGUUGCCUAUCUCGUGCUUCCUGAUGGGAUAUGUCAUAGGUCCUCUCCUUUGCGGACCCCUUUCCGAGAACUAUGGCCGUAAACCGGUCAUGUUGAUGGCCUUCCUAUUCUUCACCAUCUUCACCAUGGCGUGUGCUGUUGCGCCCAAUUGGCCUGCGCUCCUGAUAUUUCGGCUGAUGUCCGGCAUCUUCGCUUCUGCGCCCAUCGCCAUUGUAGGUGGACUGUACGCCGACAUCUUCGCCGAUCCCUCCGCUCGCGGUCUUGCCAUGGCGUACUUCAUGGUCGCAACCACGCUUGGGCCCGUUCUCGCCCCGGGCAUUUCGGGAUUCAUUGGCGAAAAUGUCUCCUGGCGCUGGGUUUUUGGUGUUGGCACUUUCUUCGCCUUGACGACGCUGCCAUUCUUGUUGGUAAUGCCAGAAUCCUACCUACCGGUGCUACUAUCGCGCAAGGCGAAAAAGCUGCGCGAGGAGACAGGCAAUGAGAAUAUCAUCGCCAUUACAGACCUGCAGAAGAAGAGCUGGAAGUAUGUCAUGACGGUGGUCAUGACACGGCCGUUCCGCAUGCUGUUCCAGGAGGCCAUCGUCAGCUGCGUGUGUUUGUACGCCAUGCUGACCUACAGCAUCUUCUACCUGUACUUCCAGAGCUAUCCACUCAUCUUCUUCGGCCCCAGCAGCGUCUAUGGCUUUAGCGCCGGUCUCGCGGGCUUGACGUUCCUGGCAAUCUUUGUGGGCAGCAUGGCAGGAUUGCCCGUCUUCAUGUGGUGGGACAAGUAUCUGGCACGGAAACAGGCAGAAGGCGCUCAAUGGGCCAAGCAGGAGGAGUAUCGGCGCCUGCCGCUGGCCUGCUUGGGAGGGCCGCUCUACGUGGUGGCGAUCUUCUGGCUGGGGUGGAGCGCGAGGAGCAGCGUGCACUGGAUUGUGCCCACGUUGAGCGGAAUACCGUUUGAAUGGCGUUUUUGCUGA